GUUCAUUCACUUGUUCACUCUCACUCACAUUCCGGAAAAUUAAAUUUUGUCUAUAGCAAUUUUAAGGUUAUUACAUAAUUCCGGGCGGUCUUACGCCUAAUUUUCAUUACCCAAGUGCACCAGAUAACCGAAAAUGUUCGGGGCCGUUAGCAGACUUGGAAGCGGCAUUAUAGCUGCUAAAUCAGCAGCUGAGAAGGCACUCACAGAAUGCAGCAAAGUAGCUGCUGUGACAGUCAGCACCAAAAGAGAUUAUGCUGCCAAAGCGGCCUCCAAGGGCAAAGGUAAGGUGGUAGCUGUUAUUGGAGCCGUUGUGGACGUCCAGUUUGAAGACGAGUUACCUUCCAUCCUAAAUGCUUUGGAAGUUCAGGAUCGCCAACCCAGGCUGGUCCUGGAGGUAGCGCAGCACUUGGGUGAAAACACUGUGCGCACCAUUGCUAUGGACGGUACUGAGGGUCUGGUGCGCGGGCAGGUCGUCAACGACUCGGGCUCGCCCAUCCGAAUCCCUGUAGGCGCGGAGACCCUCGGUCGUAUUAUCAACGUCAUUGGCGAGCCCAUCGAUGAGCGCGGUCCCAUCCCCACCGACAAGAGAGCCGCUAUCCACGCUGAAGCACCUGAGUUCGUGGACAUGUCUGUACAGCAAGAAAUUCUGGUCACUGGAAUCAAAGUUGUAGAUUUGCUUGCUCCUUAUGCUAAGGGAGGCAAGAUUGGACUGUUUGGCGGCGCUGGUGUAGGCAAAACUGUACUUAUUAUGGAGCUGAUUAACAAUGUAGCCAAGGCCCAUGGUGGUUACUCAGUGUUUGCUGGAGUGGGUGAGCGUACACGCGAGGGUAACGAUUUGUACCAUGAAAUGAUUGAGUCUGGUGUCAUCUCCCUGAAGGACAAAACCUCGAAAGUAGCCCUUGUAUAUGGACAGAUGAAUGAGCCCCCUGGCGCGCGUGCCCGUGUCGCUUUGACUGGAUUGACUGUUGCUGAAUAUUUCCGUGACCAAGAAGGACAGGAUGUGCUACUUUUCAUUGACAACAUCUUCCGUUUCACCCAGGCUGGGUCAGAGGUGUCUGCCCUGUUGGGUCGUAUCCCCUCUGCUGUAGGUUACCAACCCACAUUGGCCACUGACAUGGGUACCAUGCAGGAGAGAAUCACCACCACCAAGAAGGGUUCCAUUACCUCUGUGCAGGCCAUCUAUGUGCCAGCUGACGACUUGACUGACCCUGCUCCUGCCACCACUUUUGCUCACUUGGAUGCCACCACUGUGCUGUCUCGUGCCAUUGCUGAGUUGGGCAUCUAUCCAGCUGUAGACCCCCUAGAUUCCACAUCCCGUAUCAUGGACCCCAACAUCAUUGGUGCUGAGCAUUACAACAUCGCCCGUGGUGUUCAGAAGAUCCUACAGGACUACAAGUCCCUCCAGGACAUCAUUGCUAUCCUGGGUAUGGAUGAGUUGUCUGAGGAAGACAAGCUGACUGUAGCUCGUGCCCGUAAGAUCCAGAGAUUCCUCUCUCAGCCCUUCCAGGUAGCUGAAGUGUUCACUGGACACGCUGGCAAGCUGGUACCCCUCGAAGAGACUAUCAAGGGCUUCUCUCAGAUUUUGGCAGGCGAGUAUGAUCACUUACCAGAAGUUGCAUUCUAUAUGGUUGGCCCAAUUGAAGAAGUUGUUGCUAAGGCUGAAACCUUGGCCAAGAGCUCUUAAAUGUGUAGACAUGAUUGGAUGAGAUGUUAUUGUAUUUCUAAAAAAUAAAUAAAAUAGUACCUAAUAACUAAA